AUGGGUACACCCACACGAACGGACCGCGUGCUGUCCGAAGCCGCUGAUAAAGUGGCCAAAGCAGAAGAAGCUGCUCGUCAAUACGAGGCUCAGUUGUCAGAGGCGGCGUUCAAGAAGCGUCAAUUAGAGGAGGAGAAUGAAAAGCUGCGGGCUUCCAUACUUAAUAUGGCACUUCAGAACGCCAGUGUGGAUCUGCGACGCGAACAUGUGCAGCUGCGUCAGACAUUGGACUCGUACCAGACGAAAAUUGAUCAAAUGAGAGAGAUCUCGUUGCUUUCGGCCAAGGUGGUGGACAGCCGGAUUAAAACCAAGCAAGGCCGCCAAUAUGUGGAGUACAAGCUACAAAUUGUGACAGACGUUCGAGGCACAUUAGUGCUUUGGCAUCGAUACAGCACGUUUUUGAACUUGGCAGCGACGCUUAAGGCUAAAAACCCAAGCAGUGAUCACGAUAUUCCGGAACUCCAAACCCAAAGUCUCACUGGAUUUUUCUCGGAUCAGCUGAUAAUUGAUCGCAUUGCGAAACUUAAUGAGUUUCUGGAUGUCGUGACGAAAGCUGAUGAGUUUCAAUGGGGCAUUCGAAUAGAUAAAGACACGUGCGUGUACAAACGCAAGAGCAAACGCACGGACCGUUUGUACAGUGUUGGAUCUCGGGAGAGCAUUUCGACACUUACGCCCAGUAUGCGAGACAGCAUGUUUAUGCCCAUGUCUUCGAGAGCAUCGACUAUCUCUAUGGAUUCUUAUUAG